ACAGAUACUUUCCAUGUGGGAAUGGGAACCUCCUUCAGGACCACAUCUGUCUCACCUAAAACCAUAACUACCUAUCAUGAGGGAAUGGGGUCUUCAGGCAGAAGCGCAGCUAUCUCAUCCAAGAUCAUAACUAUCUCCCAUGAGGAAUGGGAGUUUCAGACAAAACAACACCUCACUUAGACAAGACUACAGGAAACAUCUCUAAGGAUACUAGAACCUCAGAAGCAGCAACAUCUCUCUCACAGAUCACCAGCAUCUCAAAUAAGGGCAUGGAAGCUUCACCCAGCACCAUAUCUGUAUCAUCCAAGAUAAUAACUUCUUCCCCAAGGGAAAUAAAGACCUCCUUCAGGGACAAAUCUGUCUCACCUAAAACCAUAACUACCUAUCAUGAGGGAAUGGGGUCUUCAGGCAGAAUCUCAGCUAUCUCAUCCAAGAUCAUAACUAUCUCCCAUGAGGGAAUGGGAGUCUCAGACAAAACAACACCUCACUUAGACAAGACUACAGGAAACAUCUCUAAGGACACUAGAACCUCAGAAGCAGCAACAUCUCUCUCACAGAUCACCAGCACCUCAAAUGAGGGCAUGGGAGCCUCACCCAGCACCAUAUCUGUAUCACCCAAGAUAACAGACACUUUCCAUGUGGGAAUGGGAACCUCCUUCAGGACCACAUCUGUCUCACCUAAAACCAUAACUACCUAUCAUGAGGGAAUGGGGUCUUCAGGCAGAAGCUCAGCUAUCUCAUCAAAGACCAUAACCAUCUCCCAUGAGGGAAUGGAAGUCUCAGACAAAACAACACCUCACUUAGAUAAGACUACAGGAAACAUCCCUAAGGAUAUUGGAACCUCAGCAAGGCCAAUAUCUCUCUCACAGGUCAUCGGAACCUCACAUGAGGGGAUGGGAACCUCACCUAGGACCAUAUCUGUCUCAUCCAAACUAACUGCUUCUUCCCAAAAAGAAAGGGGAACUUCCUUCAGGACCAUAUCUGUCUCACCCAAGCCCAUAACUACCUAUCAUGAAGAAAUGGGAACCUCAGACAGAACCACAUCUGUAUCAUUCAAGAAUAAAAUUACCUCUCAUGAAGAUAUUGGAACCUUGGACAGGACCACAACUGUCUCACCCAAGACUAUAACUACCUAUUAUGAUGGGAUGGGAAUCACAUCUAGGUCAUCCAAGAACAAAACAACUUCACAUGAAGGCAUUGGAACCUUGUACAGUACCACAACUGUCUCACUCAAGAUUACAAAUACUUCCCACACAGGAAGGAGAACCUCCAUUAUAGGAGAUCUGAAGAAAACCACUCAAGCAUCAAAUAGGAUACCUGUCUUUGAAAAGACCACAGAUUGGAUUAUAGCUGUUUCAGACAAGGUAACUGAAUCCUUAGGAACUUCAUACAAGCCUUCAUCUGCUUCUGACAAAACCAUAGGAGCCAUGGAAUCAACCACAGUCAUGGGAAAUUUAGACAAAACUAUAACUUUUAGGGGAACUUCAGAAAAGAUGACUGAAUCCUUUGAAAGGACCACAGGCCUUUACAAGACUAAAAUUUCUUCACAUCAAACUCAGGGAGCUUUGGACAAAACUAUCCAAAUUUCAGAUAAAACCACAAAAGCUUCAGGAGGCCCAGGACCCUUGGACAAGACUACCCAUAAAUCUACAUCUACUCCCUAUACUACUUUAGCUUCCCUUUAUCCAUCACUCCAGGUUACUAGUGAGAAAACCUUUGUACCUUUCACAACUCUCAACUAUAGACAGGAGUUGAAUUCUACAAAAUCAGUCAAUAAUUAUUGGCCAGACCAGAAAACAGAUAAAUCAAGAGGAGGAUCCCAGAAUGGAGCAACCCAGGGGGUGCUGGAGGGAAAUUCAUUUCCUGCCUGGGCCAUUGUCAUUGUUGUCCUGGUGGCUGUGAUCCUCCUCCUGCUACUCAUUGGCCUACUCUUCAUGGCUGCCUACAUAAUCCGAACACAUCAGAUGACUACAGAACAUGAGGAAAAUGAUGCCGAAGAUGAGAUUGGUCCCAAUUCUUAUCCUGUCUUUCUGAUGGAACAGCAAGCAUUGGGUCGGAGCCAGUUGCCAUUACCUUAGUAGUCCCCUACAGGACUACUAGGUCCUAGUUCAGGAAUAAGAAUUUCUUUUCUGUUUCCUAGAUUCUAGGAAAGGCUAAGACUCCUAGCAUUAGCAGCUUCAAUCCUUAACCUGGAGGGAAGAGUCUGAAAUUGCUUGAGCAGAGUAAAGGAAAAAAAAAAAAAAAACUGGAGCCUUCAAAUACAGUUGAGAGAUUGGUAGGGUAAGGAACUACACUGGACAUUUGAAUUUCAAGAGUGAAUAGUAUCUUUUGAUCUCUUUGGCAGAGGAAAAGGGAAAUUCUCCUGUAUAGAAGCUUUACAUAUAAAAUCACUAGAAGUUGAUUCUUACACUAUAUUCCUUUCCCUUCUCCCAAGACUGAACUCUUACUACUGAUCACAUCCUCCACCCUUCUCCACCUGACCUAUCUGGGCCUUCUUCCUGUCCUCAUGUGUUAAAUUAUUUUGUUCCUCAUCACAGCUCCUACCAAUUAGCUCCCCUCUCCUUAGCUAUGGCUCCCUCCUUAUUCUCAGGUAACCUUGAUCUCUUCUCUCUAUUUUAGAUUCUUCUUCUCUAUACUUAGGGAAGAUAUUAAAGUUACAGACCGAACAUGGUUCAUGAUGGGGGGAAAUGGGGAGGAGAAAUGUCUAAAGAAACCAAGGAUCACUGGUUUCCUUUUUAUUUAUCUUUUAUAAUAAAAAGGCAAAUAUUUUAAAUGAAGGAUAUGGGGACUAAAAAGGCAUGCUAAUUCCCUUAUUAUCUUGGUCUUGACACUAAAGAUAAUUUUAAAUAUCAGAAACCUGAAGGACAAACCUGGUUCUUUUUAAUGGGGAAUGACAGAGAAAGAAUUUCUACCGUUUGGUGUGUCCAAUAUUGCUUAAUGCCUAGUUUCAUUUUAGGUCUUACCUCCUCUUAAUAAUGGUCUUGACAUGUCAAGUUAUAGCAAACAUGUGCUGAAUGCCUGGUAUAUGCAUAACACUAUGUUGGACAUGGAAAAGUGUUUAGUGGUAGUUGGGAGGUGGAGUAGGCAGCAGAAAAAAAAAUAUGAUAUAUGGCCCCUGCCCUAUUCAAUAGGUUGAAUAGAUUAAAACCUAUUUGGGAAAUUUACACACAUGAAAAUUAAAUAAAGAUAUGAGAUAGCAGGAAUCAGAAACAUGGAAAGCUUUAUAGGUGUGGAUGUGAAUGCAAAUAUAUGCCUAUGUUCAGCUUUGCCCUGAGUCCAACUUGAGUUUAACUUCAAAACCAAUUAAUCAGUUAACAAGCAUUUACUCUGUGCCAGGCACUGGGGAUAUGAAGACCAAAAAAUGAAGUAUUCUUUGCCCUUAAAAAGUUUACAUUUUAUAGGUGGAGAUAACAUGUACAGUAAAGUCACUCUUAGUAGUUUUAUCUGAUACUUUCUUGUGUUGUGGGGGUGGUCCUGAGUUUUUGAAACUUGUACCUGCAGAAUAUAAGAUCUAAUAGGUAUUACUAACAUGGUAACAUAGAUAAUACUAACAUUACUAACAUGAGUUUGUGAACUUGAGGAGUGACAGGCCACCUAAAUAUGUAGAAGUUUGUCACUAAGAAUCACUUGAACGAUGAUCAAAAACUCAUGAGAAAUAUGAAAAAAAAAUUCUCUCAAGAGAAAUAUCAAAAACUCAUGAAAGUAUAAAAGAGUUGUGAUCUAUAUUGGUAAAGGAAGAUCCCACACUAAUGAAAUUACAAAUCUUUUGAAAUGUUAAAAUAUAUGCAUGAAAGACACUUUGAAGACCUUUAAACUUUUUGAGUUGACUUGUUCCUACCCAGCUGAAUUCUAAGAAUGUCAAUGUAUAAUGUUUUCAUUCCUUAAGGAUGAUUAUCCUUUUCAUAUCUGCUUCUGACAAAACCAUAGGAGCCAUGGAACCAACCACAGUUUGUUGUGUUCCCUAACAAACACCAAGGCUCACAAGGCAUCUUAUAAGUUUUUGUUUUACAGUUAAGACAUUAAAGAAUUCAAUUGCAAAUCCACAGAGAGUUGAUAACCCUGUUCCCCCAAUUGCAGAGAUCUAUAUAGUCCCUGUGACCCAGUAUCACCGUAGGUAAGGACCCCAGAAAGGAGAAGGUCCUAGAGCCCUGUCACUCGUUGAAAUAGCAUUUACAAUUUGUCUCUUAACAACCUCAUCAUGGAAUCUACAAUUCAUAUUUUGAGAUUCACAAUCUUUAUCACAAUACAUUUCUACAAUACAUCUCAGGUUCCAAAAUGUGGAAUGUAGCAUCAUUGCUGCUUCUCACUAUGUGCUUGGGAUACCAUCUCUUCAAAUCCAUCAAAUCAAAUCCAUUAGAUCUUCUUCUAGGAAGGCUGAUGGUAGAACUGUGCUUUAGCAAUGCAAAAUCUGGAAUGAACAUUGGCUUUCCUGACUCUUCUUGAUCCUUCUCUUGAAUGGAUUCUUAUGUAUGACAUUUUAGCUACCAAAUCUUGCUGUCUGAUCCUAUCUUUUUUUUUUCCCCAGUGAUUUUUAAUUCACCUCUCUGAGUCCAGUUAUAUAGAUAUGCCUAUAAUGUAACUAUCUUGUUCCCUCAUUUGACUAGAUCAUUAACUCACAAUAGUCCAGAUUCAAAGUUACAAACCUUGAGGUCAUUGAACUCAAUAAUCAACUUACCUUUUUCACUUGAUAUUUUCUUAUACACAAGGACCUAUUUGGACUUUGAACAGAAGUUUUGGGUUUUUUUUAACUGAUAGUACAUCACUAAAACACUAUUCUUAUGAUAUUUCUGUUCCCCUAAUAAUUAUUUUGCCUUUUAAAAAAUCCUACUUCCAGCCUUUUAAGCUGAUUUUUGCAUAUUUAUAUCAAUGUUCAAGGAAGACUCAUCUCUUCCUAGGUUCUUAUGUUCUUUGUCUCUAUGCAUUAUCUUUUUUCUGUAAUAGUUUUUUUUUUUAAUUUUUCCAACUACAUGCAAGGAUAGUUUUCAACAUUCACCUUUGCCAAACCUUGUAUUCCAAAUUUUUUUCCCUCCUUUCCUUCCUACCCCCUCCUCUAGAUGGCAAGUAACCCACCACAGGUUAAACAGGUUAAAAGAUAGUCUAAACUAUUUUUGAAGGAUUUUCUGAGCAUUUUUGCCCGAUACCAAAGUAAAGUACACACAGGAUUGGAAUGUCUAGGGUCCAAGACAGACUCAGAUAAAUAGCAAUAGUAUUUCAAGAAUCUAUGAUUUUCUUAGUAUUAUGUGAUGUGCUUUAAAAUAACAAUUUUGGCACUUAAUGAGGAGACUGAUGUAGGCACCAAAUGUUGGACUUUGGCCAUGUGUAGAAUUUAUAAUGGUCAUUCUCUUUAUUUAUUUAGGAGAGAGAUUACAGACAAAAUGAAACGAUACAAUAUAAACCAGAGAUUCUAAAUAGAAAUAGAAUCAGGAGAGCAUAUAGUUUGCAAGAAAAAGGGUUUUAACAAUUAAUAAUGGAAAAGACAAAUUUCCUCCUAGAACUUAUAAUUAUUCAGGAGAAAGGGAAUACUCCAUGAAGUGGGAGCAUGCCUUUAAUUAGUGAGCUAAAACCCAAAAGGAAUUUAGCAGACUAAGAGUUAGCUAUAAGAAGGAGAAAGAUUUCAUGAAGCAUAGUGGGGGGAUAAGAGGAAAAACGCUUCAUGGCACAGGAAGGAGGGCAAAGACACUAUGAGGCAGAGUACAAUGGCAGGCUAUAACCCCAAAAGGAAUUCAGCAAAGAUGGGAUGGACAGAUUUACAGGGGAAAUUUGAUCUCAGAAGUUUGACAUACCUCAGAUUUCUUAAUGGACAGAGCAAAGUAGGACUACCCACAGCCUCUACAGCGAUUGGACUAUAAAAUUGAAUUCAUUAAUGCAAUUCCCUUCUCACCUCAGUGAGUAAUUUUAUCAGAAUUUCAGGCUUUCUCGAUCAACUCAACCUCAUUGCUCAGAACCUCAUCAUUAUGCAUUUACAUCACCAAUGCAAAUGGCAACCUCUCACCACAGUAGACCUGUUGAUGAACCUUUCUAAACUUAGCCCAAUGAUGGUACAUCACCAAACCCCUACGCAGGAUCCAUCUUGGUAGGGAGUGUCCCAUUAGUAUAGCCCAUGAGAAUUUAGAGUCAACUCUAUAGGAACAUAAGAGAAGACUUCAAUGGAGGAAUACCUAGGAUGACCAUAACUCACAUUUCCACUUCAUUUUCUAAUUUUAAAAAUCCUGUCCUUCCAACAAUCCUGUGAAGUUCCAGGUGGUGCUCAGGAGAUAACAAACUUAUAUCUUCCUGAGGGCAAUGGGAUGUCUCUGUGAUAUUCAUUUUCUAAAUCAGAAAUAAAACAAGUUAAAUUCAGCAACCA